AUGAAUGAACCAACGAUAUUCGAACAACCGAUCCACUCAAAGGAUCCGGAAGUGGGCGAGGAUGCGAUUUAUAUGCCGGAGUAUGGAGCGAAUGGGAGGGGUCCGUCGCGGGUUGGCGAGGAGGGAGAGGAGGAGGAGGAUUUUAGGGAUUAUGUGUUUCCUGAAGACCGAAAGCUAGGAACAUGGUCCACAGCCUUCCUCCUCAUUAACCGGGUCAUCGGCGCCGGCAUCUUCUCAACGCCCUCCUCCAUCAUCCACAACACCAAUAGCGUCGGCGCCACGCUUCUCUUCUGGGUAUUAGGUGGUGUAAUGACCUUUUGCGGCCUAGCAGUCUACCUAGAAUUCGGCACCGCCAUCCCCCGCUCUGGCGGCGAAAAAGUCUACCUCGAGCGCGUCUACCGCAAACCCAAGUAUCUCGCAACCUGCAUCUUCGCCGUGCAAUUCAUCCUGUUCGCCAUCUCCACCGCGGGCUCCAUUUCGUUUAGUUCUUACCUCUUGCGGUGCGUGCUCGGCUCUUCCACCACCUCUACCGGAGCUGGCCAGCAAGCGCAAGAAGCAGCAACCAAGUACGACGGCACCUGGCUCAACCGCGGCAUUGCCGUGGCGGCUAUCACCGUCGUUUGUCUCAUCCAUGCGUUCUUGCCUAGGCUGGGGAUUUGGUUGUCUAAUGGGUUGGGGGUGUUCAAGUUGGUGUUGUUGAGUUUGGUGGUUUGUACAGGGUUUGCGGCGUUGGCGGGACGGAUGGAGGGGGAAAGUCCGGGGAAUUUUAGCAGUUUUGAUGGGCCGGGGGAUGCCACGGGGAAUGGAGAUGAUGAUGGGACGGAUGGGAUGGGGAAGGAUGUCGCGGGCAGCGCGGCCGGGUAUGCGUUGGCGCUUUUGCAGGUGUUGUAUAGUUAUGGGGGGUGGAGAAUGCUAAUUAUGGUGUUGAGUGAGGUACGAGAUGCGCCGAGGACGUUGAGACGCGCGGCGCCGAUUGCCAUCGGGACUGUCACCGUCCUUUAUGUCCUUGCCAACAUUGCUUAUUUCGCCGCCAUGACCAAAGACGAACUCUCCAAAUCCGGCGUCGUGCCCACCGCCAUCUUCUUCACCCGCGUCUGGGGUCCUUCAGCCUUCACCGACCGCGUGAUGCCUCUCUUCCUCUCGCUCUCCGCGCUCGGCAACGUCUUUGCGCAAUCCUUCGCCAUGCCGCGCGUGAAGCAGGAGCUCGCCAAGGAAGGAACCCUCCCCUUCUCGCGCUUCUGGGCGAGCGACUGGCCCGAGCAGAAAUCGCCCACGGGCGCCAUUUUGUUGCACUGGAUCUUCACCGUGGCGCUGAUCCUCGGGUCCAGCACCGUGGACGUGUACCAGUUCCUGUCCAACAUCUUUACCUACUCGGGGAACUGGAUCAAGGUCUUCCUUGGGGUAGGCCUGCUGUAUCUCAACUUUACGCCGGGCGAGAACUGGAACACGCCGGAGAAUCAGCGGUUUCAUAGUUAUCCCGUCUUGACGGUUUUCUGGGUCGUCGGACUGCUGUAUACCUGUGCGGCACCCUUCAUUCCGAAUAAGCUGCUGAACAAGGUUCACUUUUCGGUGGUGCCGGCGCUGGGGACGGGCAUGUUGGUUAUUGGCGUGUUGUACUGGGUUAUCUGGGCCAAGGUUUUGCCGGCGUUUGGGUUUUCGAUUCAGCAUGAGGUGGUGGUGUUGCCGGAUGGGAGUGAGAGGGUCAAGUAUAAGAGGGUCAGGCCGAGGGGAGGAAGGGGUAGUGCGAGGAGGAGGCGGAAUGGGGGACGAGGAGGGGGAAGAGGAGGAGGAGGAGGAGGGACAACUGUUGUGUGGAGGUGA